AUGCGAAAGCUUAAGAAGAAAACCCAGUGGUCUCCUGCAGUGCCUUCACUGCGUGCAACCGUCACUGGACAGCUUGAUACUAGGGGUCAGGCAUCAGGUGUAGCCAUUAUUUCAGGUUUGAACAUCCGGCCUGCACGUUUGACACUUCCUGAGUCUUGGGCUACGACCACCAGAUUCCUACACAGUAUCCUGCAGGGCAGGCUCUUUAAGACUCGGCUCAGAUUUCCUAGAUCCUUGCAUGAACUAGGGCUUUCUCAAGACGAAAUCAACCUGUCGGCAGAAAGGAUUUGUGCUACUGCAGCUCCUGAGUCCUUGGAACAAUGGGGCAAAUUGGUUGAAGAUGUCUUUGAUGAUGCUGUCUCAAGGUGCCACCCCAGUUUGAAGGCCCUGCCGAAGAGCUUCCGAAGCAGAUGUCAGGAUGGAGGCAUUGUCAAAUGUCCAAUCAACUCAUCCGUCAGGAAAGCAAGGGAUGGUGAUUUUGAACCACACACUGAAGUUUUGACCAUGAAAACAAGACGUUUGGUGAAACAACUGCGCAGGCUUGAUUCCUUUUUCCACCGCGUGAAGAAAUUUGAAAGCCAAGGACCCACCACUGUCCGUACGUUUUCUGAGCUUAAACUGGAGUGGAAAGCCAUAAGGAAUAGCCAUGUUUUUGGCAUGCCUUUCUUGCAUUGGACCCAAACCUUGAUGGAACUCAACCUUCCAGAAUGGCCACUGCCCUCAUCGAUGUGGGUUAACGAUGCAAGACAGCAUGUAAAACUCACAGUGGAACAUGCCUUGCAUAUGGAUGCCAAACUCUUGAGAGACAAAAACAGAUAUCACCAAGAACUUGACAAAGAAAACCAUAACAAGCGUGCCUUUUCCAGGGUUAGAGGACCGGGUAACCCUCCCAUCACCGAAAUUGGGUCUUGUGUCAAUUUCGAAGCAAUUGUGGUUGCUACGGACUGUCCCCACACAUGGGAUGUCUUUGCAGAACCUUGUGACAUUCAGUCCCUUGUCUUUGACAUGCCAGUUGCGGUUGGUACACACAAGGGCACAUUAAUCAGAAAGGACAUGCGCUAUGCGGUGAUCAAAGUUUGUGAUGUGAUGGAUGCAGUGCAAGAAUCCAUGCCAAUCUGCCAACAUCAGUUUGCCAUUGACCCUCAAACAAUUGCCUUGAAGCUGAACGAAUUUUGGUUGCCUAUUUGGCAAAGGGACCAAUUUGACCUUGACUUUGUUGAUGAUCCUUUUGGUGAUGAUGGUUUUGGACAGAUCCUUGCACAGGUACCUGCCUUGCCACAAAUUAACAUGAACAUGCUUGAUGUAGACUACUGGGAAAAAGCGAUCUCCAAGCUCAAAACGCAUUCGGCCAGGGGUUGUGAUAAGAUCAGCGCGCAGGAGCUGAAAAUGCUUCCUAGGUCUUUGAUCGAAUUGCUUGCCAAGGGUGAUGCCUGGAGUGUCUUAGUGAUGAUAGGUAUUGCCAAUGCUUGGUGCCAUUUUGUCAGAAGCCGCUACACAGGAUCAGACCUAGUGCUUUCUGCAUACGCUGACAAUUGGGCAUGGAUCCUUCAACAACAACAGGGGCAUACGCCUGUCUUUCAAGCCACUGCUGAACUCACUUCGCUUGCAGGUCUGACGAUUGACAUGAGUAAGACCUGGUUCUGGUGUAACCAUGUCAGUGAUAUUAACUUGAUUAAAGAACAGCUGACAAGAUUGCCAAAUGGAAAUAAGAUCCAGCACAAGUCCUCUGCAUCCGACCUGGGACAUCAGUUGCACUACUCUGUAGGCAAUUCAAAUGGUGUCAUCAAUGAAAGACUCAGCAAGGGUGAGACCAGGCUCUUGCGACUCAAGUAUAUGAAACACUCCCUGGAAGUGAAGGAGCAAAUCUUGAGAAUGAGUGUUCUCCCAGCCACCUUUUAUGGCUGCACCAUCAAACCUCCUGCGCAAGAACUUGAAGAAUGUGGAUCGCUGAUUCAGCAAUAUCCUUUUGCAGUUGUGCACCCUAGUUUUGAAGCCAUGCAGACGCAGGUCCAGGUGCACUGGUUCACUGAUGGUUCAUGCUUUCAUCCUGCGUCACCCGUCUCCAGAUAUUCAGCAUACGCCAUUGUCCUGGAUUUGUGUGAGAACGAUGUGCAAAGAAUACAUGCUGCAGAAGCAUAUGCCAAUUCCAACAUGACAUGUCCAUGCCUGCAAAUUGCAACAGUUGCCAGAACUCAGGGUGAACAAGAUAUCCUGCGUGCUGAGAUGCAAGCUGUUGUAAAGGCACAUGUGGAUGUGAAUCAAGUCCAGGAGUUGGUGGUGAGAGAGCUCAUGAGACUGCUAGGGACUGCUGCCUCUCCUUAUCAGGCCACUCCCAAGAUUGACACCUUGGUUGGAAGGAGACGACAGUUUACGGGUACUUGGCAGCAGCGACAGGACAAAGCUAAGCUUCGCAUGAUUUCGGUGGAAGAAUAUGAGAAAGGCUAUGGAAAAGGACCAUAUGGAACAAGAGAAGUGAGCUUGUGUUCCAUCCGCUUCAAUCCCACGGUGUCUGCCCUGGCCGCUUUGUGUCUAUGGGGCUUUGUGGCAUAUGCUGUUUUGGAUGAGAACUCCAGCACUGUCUUCAGCGCGUGGAUGUCAUGGGUCACUGACAAGUUCACAUGGUUCUAUAUCAUCUCGCAGGAUUACUGGCUUCUGUACCUCUUUCCUCUUGUCUACUACUACGGUGACAUGAAACUUGGCAAGGACGAUGAGGAACCUGAGUACGGCGACCUGACAUAUUUGGCCAUGGUUUGGUGUGCAGGAGUGGCCAUUGGCCUCAUUUUCUACGGAGCCUCUGAGCCGAUGAUUCACGCCAUGAAUGGGAAAAAUCGCUACAACAACGAUGGUUACUCUAAUGAGAACCAGAGAGCACAAUAUGGCUUACACAUCACCAUGUUCCAUUGGGGCUUUAUGGCAUGGAUUGUGUACUGCUUAACGGCCAUCACCAUGGGUUUCCUGGCCUACCGGAAGGGCUUGCCCUUGUGCUUCCGCACGACCCUUGCCCCGGUGUUGGGGAAGGCAACCUGGGGAUGGCUCGGGGACUUGCUGGAUAUCGUGACCAUCGUGACCAUUGUGGCCGGCCUCACCACCUCCUUGGGCAUCGGAGCCAAACAGAUUGUGGAAGGCUGCAGACGACUGGGGUUUCUUCCAGAGAAAUUGGAUGAGGAUCAACUCACCCAAACAGCCUGCUGGAUCAUAGGUAUCAUUACCAUGUGUGCCACUGCCUCUGUUGUUGCAGGACUCGACAUUGGCAUCAAAUCUGUGUCAUAUGUCGCAUUUAUGCUUGGAAACUUCUUGAUCUUGGUGGUUUUUUGCCUGGAUGAGACGUGGUACAUCCUGAAUGUCUUGGUCUCCAGUUUGGGUUUCCACUUACAACACAUCAUCGAGAUCUCUUUUGACACAGAUGCCUUUGCGCAACUACGUCCUGGCAAUGGUCAGCCCAACGAUGGCCUGGGGGCUGAUCCUUCAUGGAUGAAUGGCUGGACCAUUUUCUACUGGGGCUGGUGGAUCGCUUGGGCUCCCUUUGUGGGGACCUUUAUGGCUCGAGUAUCUCGUGGUCGCACCAUCAAACAGGUGGUCUUGUACACCUUGACCAUUCCCUGUGGCUAUGCUUUCCUGUGGUUUGGGACCUUUGGUGCAGCCGCGAUCCGCAUGGAUCGUCGUGCCACGUUCUUGGCUGAGAUUGGGCUCAAGAUGCACAACAACAGCAACUACUUCCUCCAUACCUCCGCAGGUUUCCGGCCGAACACGGCUGGCAACUGCUACAAUGUCCCAGCAACUUUGCCCAACGUGACAGACUAUGCAGUGAAUCCCUAUGUGACUCCUGUUUGCAACUUUGCAGGUGCAGAUAGCAACGGCUUUUGGUUCGAUCUCAUGAAUCAGUACUAUGGCAUGGGCACUUUCCUAACCUUUGUGUCUAUUGUAACAACGGUGCUGUAUUUCGUGACCUCGUCCGACAGCGGUUCCUUAGUGGUAGACCUCAUUGCUGCAAAUGGUCGAGAAGCGCAUGUGAGUCAGCGGGUCUUCUGGGCAGUGACUGAAGGAGCGGUGGCAAUUGCAACGGUGGCCUCCGGAGGCUUUGACUCAUUGUCCGGUUUGCAAGCUGUUUCCAUUGUCAUGGGCUUACCCUUUACCUUCAUUUUGAUGAUCAUGUGCACCUCCUUAUGGCGUGCACUGAAGAUUGAGGCUGGAGAUAUGCCAAACAUCAACAGGCGAACUGACUGGACUCUGCCCUUGUAUGGUGGAAUCUUUGACCUUCCUGAAGUAUUGCUGACCUGCGGAAGAUGUCCAUUGCCUUCCAGAAAGAGCAUCAUUGACUUCUUGGGCGCACUCGUUGUGCCGGGCUAUGUUCUAUACCAAGCCAUGACUGGCCUUUCCAAGCACCAGAAGGAGCCCCUGACAUUCUGGGCGCGAGCCAUUCUUGGAGCUGUCACACAGUUCCUUUUUAUGGGUUUCAUCGGUUUCCAGACUGCUUCGGCAACGUACUGGUGGAUGGUGGAUCAAGAUGUCGUUGGGCAUGGCUUGUGGGCUUUCGCUUGGAUCUGCUACAUUUCCAUGGCCGGUUUCCUUGCCUUUGGUCGUCAUCAGAUUCGCCGUGCCUACUCCAUCGAAGGGUCUGGCAUGGAGGACUUUUGGUCAUCGCUGUUGCUCUAUCCACAAGCCCUGGCCCAGAUGGUGUCCCAGAUUGCCAGCGAUCCAAUUGCCAGAGCUAAAGCGGUUGAGGACAGUGCUUUUGACGGCCUGUGAGCCUCGAUUCGCAGCAAAAAGCAUGGCCCAAAGUGGCCUGAGAAAUUUGAAUAUAUACCGUAUAGCCCUUUCCUCCCCAGAUAAAAACACACCCCCAGAAAAUCAAUGGGGAACUUCAUACUUCGGGUGUUUAUGAUGAGGAAGGGAUCAAUUAACUUUUAGGCACCUGCAAAGUGCACAAGACGGUGCUGCGCCCACAGACUUCGGUGCACAGUGAAGUUUUGAUUCUCUAUGAAUGAGACCUGGACAUAGCAGCGUCUUCAUCUGGUCAAGACGACCAGUGGCAAUCCCUGAGCAAAGAGGCUACACGGCC